CGCCUACUCAUGAAACGUAAACCAUGCCUCAUCGAGAUUAACUCCCUUUGGGAUACAUAAAACUAACUAGAUUAUAUACUUUGGAGUUAUGAUCAUCUUCAAUUCUUCAAUUACUACAAAUUCCAUCACAAGCGAUCCACCCAGGUGUCGCAGAAGACGUGAACCCAUUAAGAAAGAAAGCUACUUUAUACUUAAACUUCUCUUCACGCUUUACUGCAUUGCUGGAGGCUACUGUGAACCUCGAAGGGGUACCAAAGAGUUGCUCCAGGCUGCUCUUGCAGAAGAUAGAGUACCACUACCAUUCUUCGGACAUUGUGACUUUGAAGAAUCAUGUAGAUCUUGGAAUUAUACUGAUAACUUUAAAAUUAUCUCUAGCAGACGUCCUAGUGAUUUUGCUACUGGCCGCUUUUUGUACUUGGAAGGUCCUAAUGUAGGACAGAUAUGGUCCAUCAUAAUACCACCAACUGGAUCCCAAUGUUUUCUCAAAUUUACUACUCGCCAGAUCUCCAUGAGACAAGGAAUCAUUCGGCUUAUUAUCUUCACCAAUAACAGCACGACUUCUGUUGCCUUGGAACGUCCUGGAAAUAAUGAUGCCAAAUGGAAUAUUACGGAACUCAAGCUUGGAGCUAUCAGCCAAUCAUAUCAAGUAGGUUUGGAGAUAGUAGUACCUAUUAAUGGUAGCAUUGCUAUCGAUAACAUUCGAUUGGAUGAUUGCUUUCCAGAAUCAAGACCAUAUAAUGUUCACGAUAAAUGCACCCCAGAUAUGUUUCACUGUAGGAAUGGCUCUUGCAUUAAUAAAACAAGGAUUUGUGACUUGACACCAGACUGUUCUGAAGGGGAAGAUGAAAUGCUUGAGUGUGACAAAAUGCCUGAAACUGCUAGAUGUAAUUUUGAAAGGGGAUGGUGUGGUUGGACCAAUGCUCCAAAUAAAACUCUUAAAUGGAUACUUCAUCAUGGUUCUACUCCAACUGAGAGAACUGGUCCAAGUUAUGAUCAUACUUAUCGAAAUGAAACUGGUACUUAUGCAUUCGUAAAUUCUUCGAGAGCUCAUGGAUUAGGGGAAAGCGCAACAUUGAAUAGUCCUAUCUUUAACCCAACACCACCCUACAGUGCUGAUAGUGAAAGUCCUUACUUUCAGUCAUGUCAAGUGCGAUUUUUCUUUCAUCAGUACGGAAAAUAUAGUGGAUCCCUCGGUCUCUAUCUGAUUGAAAUGAAACCCCACCAAAAUUACUCUCGUAGAUUGUGGUGGAGUUAUGGUGAUCGUAAUGAUAUUUGGUAUAACCAAGUUGUCGCACUGCCUGAUACACGAUACCGAUAUUUUCUGCAAUUUGAAUCGAGCAAAAGUUAUGCUUCAAUUGGAGAUGUCGCGAUUGAUGAUUUUUCAUUAAGUCCAGAGUGUUUUGGAAUAGGAGUACCGCCGGAAGUGGUUGGAGACUUUAAUUAUUACAGUCCUAUAAUUGAAUCUGAGCAUCCAAGUGAACAGCACUAUGAUUUUGUGAAUGAAACAGUCAUAAGAAUAACAACUUGUGGCGCGACUGGUCGGUAUGGUCCUACGCCGAAACAAUGUGCACGCGAAUAUAAUAAAACAGAAGCGCAAAUAGAAAUUUUAUCAUCACCCUCUUCGAAUAAUGGAACUGUGAAUUAUGAAGAUUCUAUAAAUUUCCUGAACCAUGGUUUUCAAAAAUGGACUGCACCAAGUGGUGGUUACUACACCUUGAUAGCAGCAGGAGCAAGAGGAGGAAGAGGUUCAGGUGGGAUGGGAAGUACUCUCGGAGCUCUAGUCCGUGGAGUAAUCGAGUUAGAAAAGGGUCAGAGCCUUUAUUUUCUUGUUGGUCAGCCAGGAACGGAUGCAUGUACAAAAAGCUUAGGCAGAUCAAAUAACCCAUGUGGAAAAAUCGUAUCCAAUAGCAAUGAAUCUCCAAUUUCCGGUAUGACAUCUAUCAUACGUGAGGUGAAAAACAUUGAGAUGACUAAUGGAGGUGGUGGUGGCGGUGGAGCAACAUAUAUAUUCAUAAAAACGUCAACAGGAGAAUUGGAGCCGUUGAUGAUAGCAGCAGGUGGUGGUGGACUGGGAUUUGGACAAUUUGUCGAUGAUGGAAUACAACACGGUCAUGGACCCUACGUAGAAAAAAAUCAUACCCCAUUAGGACUAACUCCGAGGGAAAAGUCUGGUGGAGGAGGUGGUGGGUGGAAUAGUUCGUCGACACACGACUUGAGGUCAAAGUCGAUAGGACUUUCAUUGAUAAAAGGAGGCGUGGGUGGUGUAGGAUGUCACAAAAAAAAUCAGACACAUGGAGACGGUGGAUUCGGUGGCGGGGGAGGAGGUUGUAGAACUGGCGGAGGUGGUGGAGGGUACUAUGGAGGUACAACAGGAGUAAAAAGUUCUGGGAAUGGAGAAGGAGGAUACUCUUUCAUUUCUUCUGACCUUUUACACUCUUAUUUCCGACCUGGUUAUCAUCCUGGACCAGGUGAAGUUUUUAUCAUCCCAGCCAUCAGCGGAUGUGGCUGUGACUUUCGCUGUGUUGCAGUUGAUCAGCAUUUGAGUGAAACCAGGUGUCUCUGCCCACUUGGCUGGCAACUUGAUAAUGAUUCCAGGUCAUGCUUACCUGAUGAAGUGGAUCGGACUCAUCAAACUAUUACAAUUUUAUUAAUCGUUGUAUUUAUUACAAUGAUGGGUGCUCUUUCUUUUCUAUGUUUCAUUCUAUAUAAUCGAUAUCAAAGUAAAAAGGCCUUAUCCAGGCGCCGCCGAGAUAUGUUUGGCAACGGAACUGAACUCCAUCCAUUACCAGCGAGUAUAAUGACGGAGUUUAAUCCAAAUUACGAAUUUGCAGGCAACUUGUAUAGUAUUAAAGACCUGCCACAGAUACCUCGAGAUUCAAUUACUUGUGUCAAGCCGUUAGGUCAAGGAGCUUUUGGUGAGGUAUUUCAGGGAAUUUAUAAAUUUGCUUGUAAUGAAGAAACACCCAUUGCUGUCAAAACGUUACCAGCUGUUACAACCCCUCAAGCAGCAGCUGAUUUCAUGAUGGAAGCUCUCAUCAUGAGUAAAUUUGAUCAUGCUAAUAUUGUAAAAUUUAUUGGAAUAUCGUUUGAUAAGAAUCCAAGAUAUAUUGUGUUGGAGUUGUUAGCGGGUGGAGACUUGAAGAACUUUUUACGUGAAGAAAGACCAAAACCAGACCGGCCUACUAAUUUAUCAAUGCGAGAUUUAAUAGUUUGUGCUCAUGAUGUAGCGAAGGGAUGUAAAUACAUGGAAGAUGCUCGUUUUAUUCAUCGAGAUAUCGCAGCGCGAAACUGUCUCUUGACAUGUAAAGGACCUGGAAGGGUUGUCAAGAUUGCAGACUUUGGAAUGGCAAGAGACAUAUAUCGAAGUGAUUAUUACAGAAAGGGGGGUAAAGCAAUGUUACCUAUCAAGUGGAUGCCUCCAGAGAGUUUCUUGGAUGGAAUUUUCAGUACAAAGACUGAUGUGUGGGCGUUUGGGGUACUCCUCUGGGAAAUCAUGUCAUUUGGUUACAUGCCAUAUACAGGAUGUGCUAACAGAGAAGUCAUGUCAAUGGUAACGACAGGAGGACGUUUGGAGAAGCCUGCAGGGUGCCCUGAUCCAAUUUAUGGAAUUAUGACUCGAUGUUGGCAUCCUAGGCCUGAAGACAGACCGAGCUUUGCGACGAUCGUUGAAAGACUAGGCUAUUGUCUUCAAGAUCCUGAUGUUAUUAAUCAUCCGAUGCCUAAUUAUGACCUCUUACCAGACUGUGAAAGAGAAAUCACAAUCAUGCGGCCAGAUCCGGAGACUGAAUGCAUAAAUGUUAACACUGAUCUGGACGGAUGUGGAUAUAUGCAACCUCGUACAAACUUUCGACCAGGAGCUUACAAACUGGGUGUUGUUCCUGGAGUUGUAUACGCCUCUCUGCGCCAUAAUGAUGAUUUUGAAGGUGAAAUUAUUCAGGAAACUACUCUAAUACAUCCGAAGGAAACUGAAACUAAGUCGGAGAAUAUUGGAAUACAGAAAAAUAUUGAAAAUCAUUCUUCAAAUAUUUAUAACAACAAUGAGGAAAUUAUUAAGCAGCCGUUCAAUGACGACAAAAAACACAAUGAGGAUACAAAGCCUAUACAGAAUGACAAAGAACACAGUGAUGAUCUCAAGAUAGAAAAAAAUCAACGAAAUGGAAAUGAAGAAAGCACUACAACUACCGACACCAACUCUGACUCACUUGUAAAUGCUUCUUCAACGUCACCUUCAGAUACUACUAUAUCUUCACCUAAAACACGAACAUCCUCACCUAGUCGUACAGUCGUAAAUUCUAACAAUGCUAAUGUAAAUGGUAUUAUAAAAAAGAAUGCACUAAAAGCUGCAUUGAGCUUAGAUCCUAGUACGCUUUAUCGUGGUACAAUUCCAUAUGAAAAGAUUGCUUUUUCCCCACCUCUACCACGUCUAAGUAAACCUGGGAGCAUGGAAUUGAGAAAAGACUCUUUAGGACAUGAAUUACCAAGAGAAGAAGAGUGUUCUUGCUGAGAUUCAUUAAAUGGGGACUGACGAAAACUUUCCCCCAGCCAUAAUUAUAAGAAACCUUUAAAAAGAUCAGUAACAAUGCCAUCAAUAAGACUUCAAUGCUAUGAUGAGCCAGAUAACAUCACAAGGCAUUCAUCAGAGGAAACGCUCAUUUAAUAAUUAAAUUUAAAAGAGGAAAAAAAACUUAAUAAUAUAAACCA